AAUUCCUUGCGGGAGCCGGGAGUUGCUAAUUUUUUUUAUUUUGGGACUUAGUUACGCAACUCUUCAUUCACUUACAUGGCAAUUGCAAUACCUCGAGAACUGAUUAAUUCUUUUUAGAUCUAGCUGUUAUACAACUUUCGGCAUAAUGUCCUCAUCACCAAUCUCAUGGCCUGCAGUUGGAGCGGUGGCUCUGCCCCUCGUUGGAGGACAUCUCAGUGGGUACCUUGGCAGAGAGAACUAUGGAGCGUGGUAUGACUCUCUGAAAAAGCCUGACUGGAAGCCCCCAAGGCUAGCCUUCCCUAUCGUCUGGACAUCUCUCUACGCUGGAAUGGGAUACGCUUCUUACUUGGUCUGGAAAGAAGGCGGUGGAUUUAGUGGAUCAAACCAGUUGACACUAGCAGCUUAUGGUACGCAGCUGGCUUUGAACUUCGCCUGGUCACCAAUAUUUUUUGGUCAGAAAUCCAUCAAAGGGGGUCUGAUUGACAUCACACUGCUGGACAUUGCUGCUGUAGGAACAACCAUCCUCUUCUACAAGGUCCACCCCACUGCCGGCUACAUCAUGCUACCUUACCUCGCUUGGCUGGGUCUCGCCACCGCCCUCAACCUGAGGAUUUACAAGGACAACCCAGAGGUCAAGGACAAGUAGAUCCUUAAAUCCUGGGAUCCUUCCGCACACAGUAUACAGUAGGAAUAUUUUUGUACUCGACAUAUGUGUCACUGCAGCUAGCAUCAAAGAUGUAUUUUUAUAACCUUUUCUUAGUUUUUACCUGGUUUUACAAUAAACAACGGUAUGCAAUCAAAAUAUCAAUGUCACUUAAAUGCUAGAUCUACCUCAUCGAUAAUGGUUUUUUGUUUAACUUUACAUUUAAUAUUUAAUCGGAACUUUUUAUUUUACUUGGAAAGACUUGUGUACGCAUUUCAAGCUUAAUAUGCAUGAAAGGUGAGUGUGGAAUAGAGUAAGAUGAUCGUACCGCUUUGUUGCUGGUGUAGAUCAGUUGUUUCGUUUAUAAUUAAUGGUCCUGACUAAUAAAACAGCUGGUCUAAUUAUUAAAAGCCCUAUGAUUAAGGACAAGCUUCUGUCAUAAACUAUGGUAUUUUGUACUUCCUCCUCUUAUUUUUAAUUUUUGUGGAGUUAUAGUUUGUGAAAACCUUGUUUCCGUUUCUAUAAUAUAGCUGUUAAAUGUUGAUUGCAUUUAAAAAACAUUUUGUUCUUGUUAGUAAAAUCCAGUAUGAGUAAUUUUGAUUCAAAUUUCUUGUUUUAUUCCAUUUUAAGGAUGUUUUAAGUGUUUAAAUUAGUUAGGCUUGUGGUUGUCUUACUUGGUGGCAGAAUCAAAUGUUAUAUCCUAUUGUAUGUAUUCGUUUAGACUGUAAUGUUGUGAGGUUAUGUAAUGUUAAUGUCUGAAAAUUAUAUAACACAUGAUACUCUCACAGAUGUUUUCUGUUGAAGGUGCUUCAGUUAUGUGUAGUCAUUGUUAGUGAAACUGUGCCUUCUGCGUUUGAAGUGCACAUAUGUACUGGCCAUUUCAGUGUUAAUAAAGUUUAUAAUUAUUAGGAUAA